AUGAUUAGAGAUUGUUUAGAUCCUACCCCCUCACAUAAACAAAGAUUUUCCUCCUUGGUAGCUGAGCCAGGAUGUGGGACUCACCCCUUGCAACCAGUCAUACAGGAGUGUGAGAGGCAGCAUCCCUUGAAGGAACAAGAUGCUGUGGUUGGUGGAGCUGCUCAGUCAUCAUCCCUACCUUAUGAGGAUAAAUUUUCACCUAAAACUAAAAGUCAGUCCAAAGAUGAUUCCGAUUUUGAUUCAGAAUUAAAUAAAACAAGAAUAGGAAAUUUUAUUCUAUUAGGCAUAAUGAAAUCGGCCAAGAUUUUUCUUGUAAUUUUCGUUUUGAUGCUUUACCUAAUCAUUGUCUCUGGAAAUGUUAUUAUCAUAAUAUUAGUCAUCACUGAUCCCCGUCUUCAUUCCCCUAUGUAUUUAUUUUUGGCUAACCUGUCCUUUGUUGAUAUGUGGCUUUCCUCAAACAGCACUCCUAAGAUGAUUGGAGAUUUUCUCAGGGAGAACAAGACCAUUUCUUUUGGAGGCAGCAUGGCCCAAAUCUUCUUUUCCCAUUUCAUUGCAGGACUUGAGAUGGUGCUCCUAGUGGCAAUGGCCUAUAACCGCUAUGUAGCCAUCUGCAAACCACUCCACUACUUCACCAUUAUGAGCCUGCAAAAGUGCAUUGGACUGAUAGUGACUGGCUGGACUGUGGGCUUUGUACAUGCCAUAAGUCAAAUUUUUGUAAUUGUGCAGCUUCCUUUCUGUGGACCCAGGAAAAUAGACAGUUUCUUCUGUGAUAGACCACUGGUAAUCAACCUAGCCUGCAUGGAUUCCUAUGAGUUGAAAAUUUUAAUGAAUAUUGACUGUGGCAUUGUGGCUAUAACAUGCUUUAUUCUGUUGCUGACAUCCUAUACAUAUAUUCUUGCCAUUGUCCACCAAAGCUCUAAAACUGGUGCAUCCAAGGCACUCUCCACUUGCACUGCCCACAUCACGGUGGUGGUGCUCUUCUUUGGACCCUGCAUCUUCAUCUACGUUUGGCUACUCAACAUCUCCUGGAUGGACAAAUUUCUGGCUGUGUUUUACUCUGUUAUUACACCUCUACUAAAUCCAGCCAUUUAUACACUGAGAAAUACAGAAAUGAAAAUUUCUAUUACAAGAUUCAUGAGCCAUAUGUGGAUUUCAAGGAAAAUGCGUGAUGCCUAG